GGGGGCUGCGUCAGCAUGCGUAGCCUGCAAAAGAACGAACAGUUUUUUGCCUUGACGUCUCUGCGCCUGGUUUUCCUGCUGUCCUUUGGCCUGGCUGUUGUUGUAUGCAUCGACACCUGGAGAAACAGAAUCUGGCCUUGGAUCCGAGUCAAACAGAAAGAUGAGCCUGACAAUGAAAGCUGGGGCCUCGUCCACCCUGGGCUGCUCAGUGUACCUGAGCUUUGUCAUCACAUGGCAGAAGUGUGGGUCACAGCAGCAUCCUUCACCAAAAGCCUGCUGCAUUUCAAAAAGCAUAAUCCUGGCAAGUUUUGUCUUCUAGUUUGUGGCCUCUUCACGUUUUUAGCGGUGCUGGGGCGCUAUGUUCCAGGACUUUUGCUCUCGUAUAGUCUUGUGCUGGGAGUCCUGCUGAGCCCCCUGGCUGCAUAUCACAGGGUGGGACAGAAGAUCUGCACUUGGCUGGAGCCUGCCCUGCUGAGGCUGGACUUCAGCGUCCGAGGAUACAUGAUGUCGAAACAGAGGGAAAACCAGUUUCUCCGCAGCCCGCUGGGCCCAGGCCCGCUGGCAGAUGGGAGCGACAGUGAGGAGGAGCUGGCCGCAUUUUGUCCCAAGCUGGAUGAUUCCAUAGUGGCCAAGGAGCUGGCAAUAACAGAUUCGGAGCACUCCGACGCGGAGGUGUCCUACACGGACAAUGGCACCUUCAACCUGUCCCGGGGCCAGACUCCGCUCACAGAGGGAUCUGAAGACUUGGAUCGCCACAGUGAUCCUGAAGAAUCCUUCGCCCGGGAUCUCCCAGACUUCCCUUCCAUCAACCCCGAGGCCACGCUGCUGGAUGACGACGACGACACCAGCAUCGGGAUUCCCAGCAUCGGGAUGGCCGCCGCCCCCGCCCGCUGGUCCCUGUCCCACGAGGACACGCUCCUCUACUCCGACCAGGAGGACGCCGACGGCGAGCCGGCUCCGAGCGGCCUGCUCCCGGCCCGGAGCCUCGCCGACGACAUCGCGGGCAUGAUCACCAGCAACAUGAUCCAGGCGGUGCUCACGGGGGCCGCCCAGCCCCCAGCCAGGAGGGACAAUCCCCAGAGGGCUCCCCGGGGCUACCACCAGCAGUCCAGCUCCGAGCUGGACACCGACCCGGAGGGGGACGAUUUCGAGAUGCUGGAUCAGUCGGAGCUGAAUCAGAUGGAUCCCCUUGGGUCCUCCAGCCGGUCGGGCCAGCAGCAGCAAAAAAAUUCUGGAUCGAGCUUUCUCUCCAGCCUGCUGGGAAAACCACAGUAAAACCAUUUUUCUGUGUAGCGUAAAUGUAUACAUAUCAAUGUGUUGUGCUCUCGGUGUGGCUGUGGUUGUGUGUUAAAAAGUGGGUGAGGGGGGGUCUGUGUGUGCUGUUGUGAAUGUAUGUGAGGUUUUGGUGACCAAGGCCUCAGUUUUGGUCCCCUUUAAUAUCACUGUGAAUUUAUGUCUUUUUACAUGAGUUCCUUCUUCUACAUCAGCACUUCCUCCCUGGCUCCUUUGUAGUAGGUGGAGUGACUUCAAAAUGAAGGAUAUAGGCAGGCUUGGCUAUAAGGCAGGCAUCUGUUGAUGAGUGCACAUAUAAUCAAAGAUAAAAAUCAUCUUGGAGUGAUGUAACUGCAAUAGCAUUUUUAGAAUGAGUACAGUACUGCUUCCUUUGUUUGUGGACAGCUUUCCGAGAUCUAGUGUUUUUGUGUUUAUGAGGGGCAAGUGGGUUUAGAAAAAGAAACUUGUUGCACUUUCAUUAACAGCUUUUCAUUUUGCAUGAUUGGGACAAUAAUACUGGGACUGAACACAGACAUUGUGCAAACAGGCUGUAUGCUGAAAUGUGCAAUUCAAAUCUGAAGAGUUCUCCUUCCUGAAAAUCCUAAUGAAAUCUAAAAAUGGAUAUAUUAUCUGCAAAAGUAAAAUUAGCCUUCAAAACUGAUUUUAAGUUCCCAGUCCUCACAAUAUUGAACUGUUUAUAGCCAUAAUGCAAAAUACUGUUCCCAGUGUUUUGUUUUAAGCAGCUCUUUAACCACGAUCUGAAGUGUAAGUAACCAUAACAUGUCAGAAUUUUAUUUACAAUAUUUUUAAAUUAAAAUUCCCAAUAGCCAGCAUAAGUGUUUUAUAACAAACUUAAUGCUAUCUUUUUUAAAUCAUAAAAAUGUUUGAGUGACAUUCUGCAGCACUCUUGCUGUAGGAUGACUGACAGAUUUUUCAGUUCUGAUGCAGAUUUGAAUACAAGGAUGCAAUAGCCUAUGGUCAUGAACGCACUUCCACAGCCCCUCACUGAAACAGAACCUGACUGAGCCCCUUUACUGAUGCUGAGUGCAUGACACUCUCUCAGGCCCUGGGUCUGUGUCUGCUGCUUUGUGAAGCCCCAACCCAUGAAUGUGUGCUUGAACAGUAUGAGCAUUUGUUUGUGUGUGUAUAUGAGAGAGAGAAUUUCUCUGUAUGCUGCCUUGAGGCCACUUUUUGGAAGAUACUUAGCAAAGUGUGAUUUGAUCUACGUUGAGUUGCAGGAAAUCCUUACUGUAUUUUAAUUUGUUGCUCUAAAUACAACAUGAAGGGAAGAUGCUAGUUCUGACACUUUCAGUUAUACCUUCAUUUUUUUUAUGUGGGACAAUACACCCGCUCGGACCUCUCGUUUCAGCACUAGAGAUAUACGGGAGAUUACACAUAACUGACAUGAAAUCAUGUGACCUGCGGCACAGCUCAGCUGCUGUGGUUUAACUAUCGGCCAUCGAGAUGUCGGUGUAUGAGUGUACACAGAACAAGCCGUGGGGAAUGCUGUGAAGCAAUAAACUCUGCUGCUGCUGCUGUUUUUUUACAUUUUGUUUUGUUUUGCCAGCAUGUAGUUAAUGGCAGUGAAAGGUUCCAGCAGUCUGACUUGGGGACAAACAGAUCACAGCAGCAAUAACACCCUGAAAUGAAAGGAAGAGCCCCCUGGCUGAACGAAUCAAGUUAGAACCGGCCCCUCUGGUCUCUCGAUGACACCAGAACCCCGCGGCCUUUUGUGUGCUUGGGAGGCCUGUAGCGCUUCAGGCCGGAGACCUGCCUGUCCUCCAGUCUGUGCUGAAGCCUCGUUGCCAGACUCCUUUCCCUGCGAUGCGCAUGAGGAGGGUCGCGAAGGCGGGCGGGUCGCUCUCCCGUGUGCGAUUGCGGGUUUCAAAGCUGUGAGCUACGCCCUGAAAAACACACCUGGCUCCUCCAAAUCGGGUUUGUGUAACAAAAAAUAAUUGACGAUUGUAACAAAACCACUACCCUUUGGUCAGCUAGAGUGAAACCUGUUGGUCUGGAGAUUGAGUCUCUUUUCGAUGAGCAGCACUUGAUCAUGCAUUCAGUAUGAAACAAGACAGCUGUGAUGUUGAAACGAUGUAACAUUGACAAAGCUAUGAUGUACAACUGACAGUGUCUACUUCAGCAGCCCAUUCCUACAUUAACUUGUCUUAUUGCACGAAAUAUGUUUUACCAUACCUCUAGUGUUUGCGAUACAGUAUUUUAAAUGUUUUAUUUAUUUCUUAUCAACUGCCGCUGAAAGGCAGUUUUUUUUUCCAUAUAUGUCAGAAGCUGUGCUAAAGCUUAGUUCGGGUUAAUUUUUUGUUCUUGUACGAGUACAGACGGAAAAUUAGCCAAAGUUACGCAAUACAAAAAAGAAGAAGCCCUCUGAUAAUUCAGCUUUUCAUGCAGUAAGUAGGUUAGCUGAAAAUUAUUUAAAGUUUGUGGUUUAAAAAGGUGUACCUAUUAUACCAGUGUCAAUUUCUAUAUUAUUCUUAGACUGUUUGGGAGAGCAGUAAACUUUGGUUUUUCAUGAUAGAGUGAUUUCCUUUAAAGGUACACUGUACUGACACCACAUCUCUGCAUCGUCCUGUCUGCUAUUUUUGUAGAAGUGUGAUGUGGAAUUUUCCAGUGUUUUAUUACGUUUCAUAUCUAGGAGGAGUCAAAAGGUAAAAGGAAAGCUGUGUGUUGUUUUACCAUCAUUUGUCCAGAUAUUUGUUGCUUUGUGUUUGGAAACCCUUUUCUGAUGGAACUUUUGCUCUGGACCUUUGCAGCUCUGGUAGUUUAGCAAUCUGAACAACAAAUUGUUCAUUUUCUGAGGAUUUCUGUAUGCACUGCAAAUUGCUGGAUUAUCUUUAAAUUCGGGCAGCAAGACAUUUUAACGUGCACUUUAGCAUAGCACUUUCUGAUCAUUUAAUGAAGCCCUUGGAGAAUUAUGAAUGGCUCAGGAAAGGUGUAGUUGGGUAUAGUGAAUGCUUGCUAUCUAAAUUAUCGACAGAUCUGAAAAAAUUGCAGACAGAUUGGUGUGCAUAUGCUUCGCCCUUCCCAAUUAAGCUGAUGACUGCCAGUGGCUCCCAAUGUGUUUGUGGAGCAAAAGGGCUACAAUGAUUCGACACCUUAAUUUUGUUCUGUAUUGUGAUCCUUGGAUGCUGGGGAAUUGGCUGCCCCACAAGGGCAAAGUCCAAUUGGAUGCCGCAGAGCACAAGACAAAGGGUGUGAAAGAUUUUCUUCUCUCUUCUUUCCUUCUUUAAGACCACAAUCAAUUUCUUGCCUUUCAGGAGAUAAUGUAAGACCGUUGUUUUUUUGGAUUAUAUGUAUUUUCCAUAAUGAGGUGUCACCUUCCUUUUCCUAUUUAUUAUUCAGGCUCCAAGUCUAGUCUUUAAAAGAAAUUGUACUACCAUGCGCUGUACCAAAGCCUUUAGUCCGGCACAGUUUUCACAAAUAAAGGCCUUGAUAUGGUGGUGAAAUGUUGUGCAAAAGUCAUUCAUUUGUUGUUUGUUAGAAGCUUGUGAACAAAUUUCAAGAGGGAGGAAUUAUUGUGAAAAGCAAGCAUCAAGUGAGACUCCUUUGUUUUAAGCAUUCAAAAUUAGGUUGUGACCCACUCCCUGUGCUUUGCUUUAUGUAUGUAGUUUGUUCUUUUAUAGGCUAAGCAGAUCUGCAUUUUUUACCACCUUUUCUAAUUGCAGUUACAAUUUUGUAUUGCUAAGGACAUUCAAGAUAACAUGUUUACAAAUUGUCUAUAGUGCUACUUCUGUGAAAGGUGAGUUCUAGAAAGUAAAUCGUGCUCUAUAGUGUGAAUAUGUACAAAGCCAUUUAAAAUCAUUAAAGUUUGUUUUUAAUCAGAAUAAAAGUGUUAACUUACAAAUGCAGCUGAUGCACCCUAUUGUGGUAAACGUAAAGGGGGAAUUGUUUUUUUCUUAUCAAACUUAAAUAGAACAGGCUACUGUAUAAAAACAGGAAAAAAAACAUUGUGUUGUAAAGAAAAUAUGGUUUGUUCUGUGGUGAUAAUCUUAGUACAUAAUAGAUCAUUUGUAGAACAGCAGAUUUCCUUUAUUGCAGAAGAAGCCUUGUCCAGUACAGCCUUCUUGGGGUUUUUUUUAACACGGAAAAGGAAAUUCGAAAUAAAAUCGAUUCAGUACAAUCCAUCCAUUCAGUACAGUGUGACAAGCGAUUCUUUCAAGAGUGAGGAGCUGCUGUUCUACACAAAGUGUGGAAUCUAAAGUAAACGUGUACAGUAAAAAUGGCUCUCCAACUCGUCCCUUCCUUACCCCAGUAAUCUGUUUUUGAUAUGUUUUGAUGUGGAAACCUUAUUAAAACAAGCUCUGUGUACAACA